CCCAAUUCUGGCCCAGACACAAAACCUUCUACUAUUCUACUAAAACCAAAUACUAGGGUUUUAUCCUCUCCCUCUCUGAAAAUUCACAGGGUUCUGGUCGUCGACAAACAUGCCGCAGGGAGAUUACAUAGAGCUGCACAGGAAGAGACAUGGCUACCGCCAUGAUCACUUCGAACGCAAACGCAAGAAGGAGGCUCGUGAAGUUCACAAGCGAUCCCAGAUUGCCCAAAAGGCUCUGGGUAUCAAGGGUAAGAUGAUUGCUAAGAAGAACUACCGCGAGAAGGCCUUGAUGAAGAAAACAUUGGCAAUGCAUGAAGAGUCAUCAUCAAGGCGUAAGGUUGAUGAGGAUGUUCAUGAUGGAGCCCUUCCAGCCUAUUUACUUGAUCGUGAAAGUACAACAAGAGCAAAGGUUCUCAGCAAUACUAUAAAACAAAAGAGGAAGGAGAAAGCUGGGAAAUGGGAUGUCCCUCUACCUAAGGUAAGACCUGUGGCUGAAGAUGAGAUGUUUAGAGUGAUCAGAACUGGCAAAAGAAAGACCAAGCAGUGGAAGAGGAUGGUCACAAAAGCCACUUUUGUAGGACCUGGUUUUACUAGGAAACCUCCAAAAUAUGAGCGCUUCAUACGCCCCUCAGGUUUACGUUUUACUAAAGCUCAUGUGACUCACCCUGAACUUAAGUGUACUUUCAAUCUUGAAAUCAUCGGUGUUAAGAAAAAUCCAAAUGGUACAAUGUAUACGUCUCUUGGUGUCAUAACCAAAGGAACCAUCAUUGAGGUGAAUGUCAGUGAACUUGGUCUUGUAACCCCUGCCGGAAAAGUAGUCUGGGGGAAGUAUGCUCAAGUGACAAAUAACCCCGAAAAUGAUGGCUGUAUCAACGCAGUUCUCCUUGUGUAGAAGAAAUAGUAUUGAACAGAGCAGCCGGGUGUUCAUUUUACAGCACGAAACCCCCAUUUUUACUUCCUGCACUAAUUAUCAGUUUCUUCACUUUCUUGAUUUGGUUUCAAGUCUUUUGGCCUCUGUGCCAUCUGUUUUUGUUUGUAAUUUCAGACUAAAUAACAUACAAGUACGAAAUCAACACUCUGUUAAAGAGUUUUUAUAUACAGUUUCCUUGUAGAU